AUGCUUCUUGUACCUGGUAGACCAUUGUUCGUGUAUCUCACCGUCCUCGAAGGGUCUAUGGGGUGUGCCAUUGGCCAACAUGACAAGACUGGUAAAAAAGAACACGCAAUAUACUACUUGAACAAGAAGUUCACAAAUUACGAGAGUAGGUAUUCAAUGCUUGAAAAGACUUGUUGCGCACUAGCAUGGGAUGCCAAAUGUUUAAGACAGUACAUGCUCACACAUACAAAAUUGUUGAUCUAUAAGAUGGAUCCUGUCAAAUACAUCCUUGAGAAGCCAACUCUAACAGGUAGUGUAGCCCAAUGGCAAAUGGCUUUAACCGAGUACGACAUCCAACAUGUCACUCAAAAGGCCAUCAAAGGGAGUGUAUUGUUUGACUAUCUUAUGCAACAACCCUUGGAAGACUACCAGUCUAUGCAUUUUGAAUUCCCCUAUGAAGACAUCAUGUUCAUUAGGGAUUGCAACAUCCCCGGUUUCGGGGAAGGACCCGAACCUGGAUCACGAUGGUUCUUGGUUUUUGAUGGAGCUUCUAAUGCUCGCGACAAUGGAAUUGGGGAAGUAAUCACUUCUACAACUAAUUGCCACCUCCCCUUCACCGCAAUGUUGUGUUUUGAAUAUACAAACAACAUGGCCGAGUAUGAGGUUUGUGUAUUUGGUAUUGAAGUUGUUAUCGAUUUUAGGAUCAAAAUCCUUGAAGUCUAUGGAGAUUCGACCUUGUUAAUCAGCCAAUUCAAAGGAGAUUGGGAUACUAGAGAUCACAAGCUCAUUCCUUACAAAGAGCAUGUCUUGAAACUAGUCCCCUACUUUGAUGAGAUUACAUUCCACCACAUCCUUGGAGAAGAGAAUAAGCUAGAUGACGCCUUGGAAACUUUGGCGUCCAUGUUUAAGGUCAAGUUGACGAAUUAA